GCAGGGCCAAUUAUUUUGAAAGGCAACAUCAAAUUUCUCCACUAGUUAUCUUUAAGCAGUGGCAGGAGAAGCUUUCCUCGUCUUAUUUAGAGCUCCGUUUCCCGUCUAACAAAUUGAAGCAACAACAAAAACCAAUGCUGUAGAGAGAGAGAGAGAUAGCAAGACAUAGAGAGAGAGCAAGAGACAGAGAGAGAUGGGAAGGAAUCCGAGCUGUUCGAAGGAAGGGCUCAACAAGGGAGCAUGGACUGCCGUCGAAGACAAGCUCUUGAUUAAAUACGUCAAUGCUCAUGGCGAAGGCAAAUGGACGACGGUGCCCUAUAUAGCCGGGCUGAAAAGGUCGGGCAAGAGCUGUCGUCUUCGAUGGUUAAACUACCUGAGGCCAAACGUCAAACGUGGGAACUUUUCUGAGGAGGAAAUCGACCUCAUAAUCAGGCUGCAUAAACUGCUCGGCAAUAGAUGGUCUCUGAUCGCUGGGAGGAUACCAGGCAGAACUGACAACGAAAUAAAGAACUACUGGAACACAACCUUGGCGAAGAAGACAACCUCACAGCAUCCAUCACAAAAGCCACCAGCUUCAAAUCAAGCACUGCCAUCCCCAUCAUCUUCUCUAUCACCUCAAUCCACAAAUAACAAAACUUUGAAUAGACCCAAGGCCCUGAGGUGCAGCCAAUUGGGUUUUCUAGUAGGAGAACCAACUGCAGCAGUGGCUUCUGUGUUGCCUAAUCAGAACACCAAAGCCAGCACCAUUGCUGAAGAAGAACUGCUUCAGGAGGAGGAGGAGAAUGUAGUCUGGAACUGCAGCUUUGAUGAAUAUAAUGCAGUGUUUGCUGAUGAGGAUUUGAUGGAGUUCAACGGAAUGCAGGAUUUUGAGAGCUGGAUGCUGAAUGAUGAUGGUUGUUACCUUCCUGAUGAUGAGAACAUAAAUUGGCUAACUUCUUUGUUUGAUAUGGAAGGGGAGCUUUUGAAACAGUUCUAAGUUGCUGUAUAUUUUAUGGAUGGGAUAUGUAAACUAUUUGAAGGAGGGGAGGAGUGGUGGGAAGGAACAAGGGAGAUUUAGAUAUAGCUACGUUUGUCGUCCAGCUAUCUGGAUGAUGUCCUGGAUCACACCACGCCUUGUGUAUAGCAACGUGGUGUGAUCCGCGCCUUCGCUCAAACAGUGUCCUGACAUUAUAAUUAUUCUAGUAAUUGUGUUAUUUAAUUUAUCA